UAGCCUUAUAAUAGGAGCCAGCUAGUUCUGUUAUAUAUAUAUAUUCCUUCCCGGAGAAGAGAAAGAAACCUUCGUUGACGUAACUGAGAAGAUCGAUCAUAGAGGCUAACACUUCUGAUUUUUGGAGCGUACCUGUUAAGAAGAUGGUUUGCUUCUGCUUUCUGGUGGAUCAGAGGAGGAAGGUGAGGAGGAGCAAGCCCGCUGCCGGGACGUGCUCACGGUGCGGCGGCGGAGCCAGCGUGGCCGACAUGAUGACUCAGACGAGGUUCUGUUAUGUUCCGUUCUACUGGAAAAACUGGAAGGCCAUUAUCUGCACUUUCUGCGGAGCCAUGCUUAAGUCUUACAGAUGAGGGCGCGCGCGCGAGCGCGCACACAUAUUCUACAUAUUAACCAGAACACUAAAGUUUUCACUGCUCUUUGCUUUUCUUUCAUCUGAAUUAUCUGAAUAGAUGACUCUGCGCUGACAAUAUAAACAGAUAGUGAUCAUUGAUGAUCAGUUUGAGUUUUCAGAGUUGUGAUGAGGUUUUGUAAAUAUGGAAGAAAAGUGUGCAAGUAGUUUUGCUGGCAUGUGUGUGGUGUUCAAUUUAGAGGGUAUGAGACCCAAGAGGCCAAGACGAGCAUUAUGUACAGUAAAGUUUGGGCAAGGAGGAUCAAAUCAACUAAUCAUCAAAGCAUGAUAUUCUGUGCCA